CCGCAAAACAACCAGAAAAGAAGAGAAGCUGUCGGUGUAGUUCCUGUUUGGAAUAAUUCGACAGUCACCCACUGUCCUCGCUGUGAUUCUUACACUUAAGCUUAGUGUGGUUAGCAGCGCCAUGUUUAAGGGUCUGGGGUCGUGGUUGGGUUUGGAGAACCCGACGAUCGUGAAGACGUCAGAUGACAGAGAGCAGGAGCAGGAGGAGCAGGAGGAGGUGAAGGUGGAGGAGAAGGUGGUGGAGGCUCAGAACGAGGUAAACAAACAGCAGGCAGCUGAGCAGCAUGGAGGAGAGGCUGAGGCCAACCUGGAGAACACGGAGCAGGGGAAAGGACUGGGAGACUACAUCUUCAGUUUUGCCUCCAGUGCCACCAAGAAGAUCUCUGAGUCCAUGGCAGAGACGGCUCAGACCAUCAAGAAGACGGUGGAAGAAGGAAAGAUCGACGGCAUCAUAGACAAGACAUUUCUGGGUGACUUCCAAAAGGAGCAGGAGAAGUUUGUUCAAGAGAACAAAGCAAAAAAAUCAGAAGCAGCAGUGCCUCCAUGGGUGGGCUACAAUGAGGAGGAGACAAUCCAGCAGCAGGUCCUUGCUCUGUCGGCUGACAAGAGGAAUUUCUUACGGGACCCUCCCGCUGGUGUUCAGUUCCACUUCGACAUGGAGCAGAUGUAUCCUCUGGCUGCUGUGAUGCUGGAGGAAGACGAGCUUCUAAACCGCAUGCGCUUCGACCUGGUUCCCAAACAUGUGAAGGAGGAGGCGUUCUGGAGGAAUUAUUUCUACCGGGUGUCUCUGAUCAAGCAGUCGGCUCAGCUCACAGAGCUGGCAGCCCAGCAGCAGCAGAAGGACGGUGAGGACAGAGGAGCCAGUGUUUCACCUGACGACGUCGUCUUAGCAGACAAUGUCAGACCAAAAACUCCACCAGUUUCCAUCAGUGACAAACAGAAGUCCUGUCUGCAUCAUUGUCAGCCACCUCAGGAGGAAGAGGAGGAGAUGUCCACGAGUCCCGGAGUGUCCGAGUUUGUGAGCGAUGCUUUUGACUCCACGGGGAUCAACCAGGAGGACCUGAGGAAAGAGAUGGAGCAGCUGGUGCUGGAUAAGAAGGAGAGCCCGCCCUCUCCUGACGACGAGUCCGCAGACUGGGAGAAGGAGCUGCAGCAGGAGCUCCAAGAGUACGAGAUGGUCGCUGAGUGCGACAACAAAGAUGAGCAGUGGGAUCAAGAGAUCGAGAAGAUGCUCCAGUCCGACGACAGCUAGACGACCACUGUGUGUCUGUCUCCUGUACAGGCGGUGAUCUGGCACCAGAGCGGAUGAAUAGUGAUGAAUAGUGACCAGUGAUGCACAUGGGGACGAACUUCCACAUCUUCCGCCCCUCCCAACUGUGACUACAAUCUUGUUAUUGUGUAGAUCCAGUUAGUGUGUCAGUGUGUCCUUUGUGCUGGAAGCAGUGGUCAUGGUCAGGCAUAUUAGUGAAGUACUGCUUCAUUUCUCCUUCUUAAAUUUGUUUGCUCUUCUCGGUUUCCCUUCUCUUUCUCUUUCUGAUGGGAAAAGCAGCUAGGGGGCGCUGCAGGACAGGUUCCAGGGAUUUUCUAAUGCAGAGGGCUUGUUGGAAAUCACAGAUCUGCAUCAAAUUCUGUCUUUGUUUCCACUGCUGCUUUGUGGAGGCUCGUAAAGACUUAGUCUAGUUAUAAAAAGGUUAAAUCGAAUGUAAAGUUACAUUUAUGUAAAUAAAUGAUUUAAAACUCUAUACUUCACUUCAAGUUGCAUUCCCCUGUCAUUAUAUCCGCUUUUUGUAACACGACAAACUGUCCUGUCCUCAUGUCUUCUUUACAUUGUUUUACAUUGCAACUGUAUGUUUUCUGUGUCAUCAGUCAUCCUUUAAUAAAUAUUGAUCUGUUA